CGCUUUUGUUUCCAGGGGAGCAGGUCUUGGCUGGGCUGGAGGAGCACCAGCGGCGGGCGGUCAUGAGGAAGAGCCUUCCGGGGCUGCUGGGGGUCCAGCCUCCCGUCAUGGGGCAGGAGCUGCCGCCGCCCCCGGGGAAAGCCUCCAGCAGCAGUGACAGCGACGAGGGCGAGGAGGAGACUACCCAGGACGAGGUCUCUUCUCCCGCGUCGGAGGAGGACGGAGCGAGGGCGACCGUGAAAACGGAGCAGGGGUCUGCUGAGCAGCUUGGGCACAGGAAGCCUGGGACUCUGGGCCACGAGAUGGGGCUAAGCACUAACCCAGAUGCCUUGAUGGGACUCUCGCGCUGUCCUCUUUGCCAGCUAGAAUGUGGCAGCAGGGAACAGCUUGUGACUCACGUGUACCAGCACACAGCGGCUGCAGUCAGUGCCAAGAGCUACCUGUGUCCUGUCUGCAGCCGAGCACUCAGCUCCCCGGGGUCGCUGGGUAGGCACCUCCUCAUCCACUCUGAGGACCAGCUGUCCAACUGUGCAGUAUGUGGGGCGCGCUUCACCAGCCACGCCACUUUCAACAGUGAAAAAGUGCCAGAGGUGCUGUCUGGAGACGCCCUGCCUGUCCCUCCCGGAGAGGGUUCUUCUGGCACUGAAGAGAAAGCUGCUGCUCUCAGCCCUGCUGUAUAUCCUGCUGGAAUCCUCCUUGUGUGCAACAGCUGUGUGGCUUAUCGCAAACUUCUGGAAGCUCAAGCCCCUGGAGUGCGCAAGUGGGCCUUAAGGCGGCAGAAUGAACCCCUGGAAGCGAGGCUGCAGCGCUUAGAACGAGAACGCACAGCCAAGAAAAGCCGCCGGGACAAUGAAACACCGGAGGAGCGAGAAGUGAGGCGCAUGCGAGACCGGGAGGCCAAGCGCCUGCAGCGGAUGCAAGAGACAGAUGAGCAGCGUGCACGGCGCCUCCAGAGGGAUCGCGAAGCCAUGCGUCUCAAACGCGCCAAUGAAACCCCCGAGAAGCGGCAGGCUCGCCUCAUCCGGGAGCGCGAAGCAAAGCGGCUGAAGCGGCGGCUGGAAAAAAUGGACAUGAUGCUGCGUGCUCAGUUCGGCCAGGACCCCUCGGCAAUGGCGGCACUGGCUGCCGAGAUGAACUUCUUCCCGCUCCCUGGGGGAGGCAUGGAAUUGGAUGGCCAGUUGCUCAGCAAAAUGUCCUUUGAAGAGCCAAGCCCCAGCACGCUGCAUUGAGUUUUUCCCCUAUGAGCAUUUUGGGCUGGGCCUUUUUGCUGUGCCAGCGGACCUGGAAUGUGGCCAGCGCAUCGCUUCAGCUCUGUGGGUGCUACAGGUCACAGUGGAAAUGGCUGGUUGGGGGGAGGAGAAAAUAAAUUACCUGUAUGUGUUCCACGCUUCUGGUGUUAUGUGCUGGUUGCAUUAUAGUCCAAAGAGGGAACCUGUUAGCUCUGGGGAGGCUCAAGACUACAUCUCUCCUCCUCCUCCUCCAUUAGCCAUCCUAGCUGAGAUAGAUGGAAACUGGAAUUUAACAUCUGGAGGCAGCCACCACUUCCCUAAAUAUUUUAGCCUGAUGCUGGUGCCAGCUGAGUUAAGGGAAACUUUUCUCCUAAUCCUCCUCCAAGAUUAGGAGAAAACUGCAUGAUUUGGUAAGCAGGGAAGAACCUGCAAAUCAGAAGCUCUCUUUGCACUGCUUCACACUAGGGGCUGGGGCUAAAAACGAUGAAGAGGGUAACAGCCAAUAGAGUGAAGCAGGGCUUGAUGGUCUCUCUCAUUGUUGCCCAGUAAACAAGAAAAAAAAAAAGACCUAAAACACUGGAUAAAAUCUUAACCUGGGCUUGAUCUGCACUUCCCUACCAUUUUUUUUUCUCUAGGCCAAGUGAAGUGUCAAAGGAAGAACAGACCAGUCUCUGCUAGAGAAUCACAUCUCCUCUUGGAACUUCAUGUAUGAGGCAUCCCUUUGUGCUGGAUUGGAGAGAGCUGUUUGUGCCACUGAAAAAGAUGCCUUGGCUCAGCCUGCUCUGAGCUUCCUUUAGGGAAAGGAAGGAGGAGAUCCAAGGGUUGGCAGGGACAGAGGCCCCGAUGUCUUUACAUUUUCUGAAAUGAAAGGGCUAGAAUGUGUCCUGUGAACGUAAAGGAGUUAAAUUCUAGGGCUCUAGUUUCAUCUUUAUAAACUAUUUAGCCUUUGAGUUUUUGAAAAAGUAUGAUUAAGAUUGCAGUCUCUAUUGUUGCAUUCUUUAAAAAAACGUAAAUCAAAUGUUACUGGAUGUUUCAAAAGGUUUUUCCUUGGAGGGGGUGGGUCAUUUUGUGUACCCCAGUCCCGUGAAGGGUCAGGACAGUACCUACUAUCUUCUUCCAUCUCACAUUCAUUGUUAAACAGUUUGAUUAUGUACCAUCAAGUUGGUAUCAACUCUUGGGAAGCACAUAGGAAGAUCUUCCCUAGGAUGAUUUGUCUCCAGUCUGGUCCUUCAGGUCUCCCAAUGGUGCACCCAUCACCAGUGUAAUCAAGUCCAUCCACCUUACUGCUAGUUGUCCUCUUUUUCCCUUUCCUUCUACCUUUCCAAGGAUAAUGGACUUCUCAAGAAUGCUGAUUCUCUGCUUAAUAUGUCCAAAAUAUGAUCAUUUGA